UCUCGUCUCGUCUCAGUCGUUUUGUGCAUUCUGCUGGCGGUGGUUGCCAGCGCCGAUUGAUCGAUCAAGUGGUGCGUUCCAGUGCGAUCCGGUAAGGGGCUGACCCACUCCACAGCACCACCACCUUGAUGCCGAGGCUGCAGCUGGAGCAGUUUAACCAUGGACUCCAGCCACUUAGCCGUGAUAAUGGGUAAGUCCCACGAUAGAUAGCCAGUCUCUCGAUAAGAUAGCAAGAAAGGGGUGAGAUGUGUAGCAUCUUUUCGGCUAUCACAUCAGUUGGAGGCAAGAUGCCGAUCUUCGUUAGCGCCCAUAGUCUGCGUGCGAUCAGCAAGUACUAUGCCCACCAAGACGAGAGUAGCCUGGACAAACUGUGCCACUGGACUAAUCAUAUGCACAGUUUUAUCUUUCCUAAGCUCCGUAAUGUGUUGUUUGCUCUAUAUUUCGCUACGAUAGGACGCCGUAGCCCCUCGCCAGCUGCGACCUCCCGGUCUUCAUAUGGCAGUAGUGGGUCCACCGAGAAUAUCUGCAUUCGGGUCCAAGAGGAUGGCGGGGUCAGCGAAUCUACUCCCCUGCUGGCAGCAACUCAGAGGUCCAAUAAGUCACCCACAUCAUCUGCCAACUCCUCCUCCUCCUCCGGAAACUCGAUCCUCAUAAAAGACUGCUUCAAUUGGCAAUCGGUCGGAUUUCUGGUCAUGUGUGCCUCCGCCUUGGGACUGGCCGCGUAUUUACUCUGGAGACAAACCCAAAUGCCGGACUUCGGCUACCGACUUAGUCUGGUAGAGCAUGAAAUAUGGUCGGAUGCGGAGCUUCAGGGUCAGGGAACUCUGUUGGAUCCGAUCAAUGUCAUUUUUACGCACACGGAGAGCACCGAGUGUCGAGAGGAUUGCCCAGAAGUAUUAAAAAACCUGCAGCGGUCCCUUUUGGAGGAGCUGCCCUACAACUUCCUCAUAACUGGGGACUGCCAGGCCUUCGAAGUCCGAGGGUGGCAGUACGAGAGCAAUUUCUCGAGGGAUCUGCCUGGAAACAGUUCUCUGGUCAUGGCCUUUGUGGGAAACUUCAGCCGAAGAGCACCCAGCACUUGCCAGUUGAAGACAGCGCAGGCACUGAUCCUGGAAUCCUUGAAACGCCGGAAACUCCAGCCAGAGUACCAAGUGUACAUAGCGGGCAGCAGUACGGAGGCACUGCAGCAGGAGUUAAGCCAUUGGCCACAUUACGCCGGCCACCAGAAAACCAAGUGAAUGCAAGUCAGAAGGUUCCAAGUU